AUGGUCGAAAAGGUGGUCUUUGUGAUGCAUCCAAAUCAGUGGCACUCGGAGGACAGGGAUGGCAAACACUUGGAAGAUGGGCACUGUUACUGGACUUCUGUCGCGCUGCUGAUCUACGGCAGUGCCAGCUUCUGGUUACUUGUCAAAGCGGAACACCUCUGGUAUCUCGAGAGCAUCCUCAACAACCCUCAUCAUCCUCGCCACAAUUUCUACAAGAGCAUGAUGGAAACCAAAUUCAAUACCAAGGCGGAAGGCAUACAAUAUCAAGGCACAGACAUACAGGGAGACUUCAACCUCUGGGAGGCACUGCACAUUCCGGGCCUUUGGGUGAACCACGACCCGUGCUAUUUGACUGCUGAUCUCUACAAAGUCUUUCUCGUGCUUUACAAGUACAACUCGAAUAUGGAUGUUCAGUUCAUCAACAAGGUCUACGACAUGAAGACUUUUGGGGCCUACAACAGUCGACACGUAUUUCUCUGCUAUGCUCACGGAAAUCACUAUCGACCCAUGCUUCCGAAUGACUAUUUAUCAUACGAGUUUCGUCUCCCACGCCCCACGCUGGCAGCAACAAAGAUGUACAAGCUCCAAACGGCAGAACACAACAGACCGGUUGACGGCUUAUCUCACCACUGGCGGGCACCAUUGAACUCGAUUCCAUCUUCACUAUUGCUUCCUCGAGGUCCUCAUCAAGAUUCGGUAACGGAAAGCCACAUUUACAGAGUGGUUGGGUAUGAUCCCCCGGGUUUACCGCCAGCUAGGCCAAAGCGAAAAUAUAUAGUUAUCGAUGACGAUGAUGAUGACCCCAAACUCCCAAGUCCAAAGCAUCCCAAGGUUGAAAAGACGGCGAAUCAGACGCAUAAUGCAGAAGCGAUGAAGCCUAGAUCGCCAACGCCAACGCCUGCACCCAAGGCUACCACUCCGGUUAAAUACAUUCCUCGAAAUCACAGAUUGCCGAGUCCAAGGGUUCUACGACCACCUAGACCUCUUCCAAUACCCAAUUGUCCAGUCGUCAUACCCCCGGUGGGCAAGGCCUUUGAAGCAUUGUGCGGCGAAUUGGACGAAGCAGAGACCACCCAAGGCCAAACAACGUCCACAGCUCUGAUCUCUCGAGGGCCAUUCGGCCUUACUGCCCUCUCCUCUCGACCACCGCCCGAUCUCACCAAACUGUACGCGUACUUCCCCCAUCACGACCGCCAACUGCUCGACAGCUUCUAUGCCUGGCUCAUCCAACCCGAGAAUAUCGUGAAACCAGUCUACCAAAUCCUAGACGCUCUGGAACUAGGCAACCAGCGAUUCGAACAAGCCAAGAACCCUGCACUCGCCAUCCGUAGUCUUCUCGGUCCAACAGCCGACGUCGCUGCCGUGGUGACCUUACUCACCCGCUAUGACUUCCGGUUGCUCCUGGAGUUCUACUCGUACGAGAUGAAAGUCGAGAAUAAAGCAGGCAAAAGCGCUGCUCAACUGCUCGACGAGCUAGAAAAGGGACAUUGCAAAUGGACCAAGGGUAUCACCGCCCCUAUGCACAGCGGUGUGCACCCGGGGAUUAUCUACACCCUCGAGAUGAUGCUCAGUCGGUACGAUCCCGUCUUGCUGGCCGACCUGGCGCAGUGGGCCAAGUUGUCCAUGUCGGCUUGUGCAGAAGCAGGUCAGUGCCAGGGUCUGGGAAACGAAAAGAAGUGGAGUAAUGCCCAGCUGGUGCAGUUGUUGGAGGAAAAACAUCAGCAGAGGGAGGAGGAAAAGAGGGUCGAGCGGGAAACAAAGGAGGUGAAACGGAGAUUUAAAGACCGGCUGGAGCAGCAGGAUAGAUUGUUGGCGCACCGUAGAGAGUGGGAGGCUCGGUAUUUCAGGGAGCAGUUUUGGUCUACGUUUGAUAGUAGAACCAUGGAGGUUGAGAUGACGGGGCGGGUGAGGGGAGAGAAUGAGAUGAAUCUGGAUGAGCCCGACAUGAGUACUCUGGACAUGAUGGGGAUAGACUCAUUUGCGCCUGGACCACCGCCAGAGGGGACAGUUCCGAUGGAUAUGGGCCCGGAUAUAGACAUGGACGCAGAUGGGGAUAUGGACAUGUUGGUUGAUCAGGAGACUGAAAAACGACGGGAACGCGAGAGAUACAUGGAGGAAGCGAGGCUGAAGGUCAAGGACGUGGCGAACAAGGAGAACUAUGCAGACCUGUUCAUAAAAUCAAGGAAACCUCAAACUGGCCGUACAGAGGAGAAGCAAGCAGAGAGAAAGGUUGACAAGAUGAAGCCGGAGGAGAAGCCGCGCGAGGCCAGGGAAAAGGGAGCCAACGACAAGGGAAAUAACAAGAUGGACAAGCAGCUGCAAGAGGCACAGAGAAAGAGAAGGGAGCAGUACGAAAAGCAGAAACGGGACGGGGAGAAGCAAGAACGAGGAAGGUCUCGCGCAGGUUCUGCCUCGGGCUCCAGUGGUCGUCGGCGCUCCGUCUCUCGUGCCGGAUCUAGUUCAACUGCUGCAUCUGGCACCGGACGACAGCGUCGCACAUCCCUCUCCAGAGCCCCUAGUGCAGAUCCUGGGAAUUCGAGCCACAUGCGCGAGGAGACAAAACGGUCUCAACUCGAGAAUGAAACUGUCAUCGAUGACAAUCCCAUGGCUCUGGUACUGGCAAGACCUCCACCUCCCACUCUCAAGUUGCGGCCGGCUACACCGCCCAAUUCUUCGACUCCCGCAGGUGAUGACCCCUUUGGGCCUACACCUUCCACGAACACAACAAAGCUUGAUCUAAAGCGUACGACUUUCUCUUCUUCUACUUCAAAUGCCGCUUCUAGCUCCACGGCUCCUAGACCCGAUCUCAGGCCUAUCAAACCAGCCAGAGGCUCCAGUUCUAACCUUGCCUCUAACGCCAGCCUCAACAAACCCACCGCGCCAGGUAAACAACCGACAAAGCCUAUGCAGAGAUUCGACCCCAACACAGCUACGAGGCACAGCAACUUUAACCCCAACGUCGGCUUCAAGCCCAACACCGCCGGCAACACGCUCAACCCAACAUUUAAUCCCCAACCACGCGGCGGUCCCUCAGUCCCAGCAGGUCCUAGCCCAGGCUCCAGCUCCGGCCCUAGUCCAGCUUCCUCACGCUCUAGUAGCUCUCUCUUUGGCUCUGGCUCUAGUUCCAGUACUCGACCCCGUUCUGGUUCUGGUUCCGGCGUUGGUCGUCCUCGCGCUGGUUCCGGUUCCGGUUCCGGAUCCCCUACACGAAUCGGCAGGCGAAUAGGCGGAAGGGCAAGAUCGUCGUCCAGCUCAAGUUCAACUUCCAAUAAACCAUCCAUGUCAGAAAUCAUGGACCAAAACAUGGGAAAGGUGUCUAGUGCAAACGCGAAUAUCAACCCAAUGGCAUUGGCGCUUGGGGGUGGAAGUGCGUUUGCGAAAUCCGGGUUUGGGUCCCUUGUCUCUACUACUACGGAUAGUUCUUCUGAAAGCACAUCACCUGUGAGGAAGCCCGUAAGUUCAAACUCAAGCUCAAGCUCGAGAAGUCUUUCGAGGGUGGGAAAGAAGGCUGAGGGAAGAGGUGGUGGAGGGAAAGUGGCGAGGAAGCCGUGGUUGUCGGAUGUGGCGGAGGUGGAUGAGGAUUUAUAUGGGGAGGAGACCGGGAUGGGGAGUGGGAAUAAUGGAGAGAUAAAAGUGGAGGUGCAGGGUCAGGGGGACGGGGAAGAUGUAAUUGAUGGGAGUUUGAGGAUUGAGGAGUUGGGGGAUGAUGAUGCGGAUUUUAUGGUUGAUGAGAGUUUUUGGUGA